AUGGGAAGAGCUGACGAGAAGGUUCCUAAAAGAUGCAGAAGAUUUCUUGCCCAGCUCAGUCUGAACACCAUGAAGGCAGCAAACAUCUGCAUAGGACGGCCGGUUCUGCUUUCUAGCAGCACUGGUCAGCAGGAGGUGUGCACGGCCUGGCCGGCGGCCGCCUUCCCGGGGGGCAAAGUGGGCCUGCAGACGUGUGUCCAGCGCAACCUGGGGGUGAAGGCAGGGGACAGGGUGACGGUCCAGCCUGUCUCUGGCUCUGUGCUGCAGGCACAGGAGGUGUGCCUCUCCUGCAGGCAAAAAGAUGGAACUCUUAACACAGAAGAGUUCAAUGAUUUUCUUCUGCGCUCUGUCGAUGGGAAGAUCAUACUUCCAGGGAACCUCCUUUCUUUGACCUUCUAUGGGCGGCCCUACAGUCUGAGGGUUGAAAGAGUGCAGGGGGUGGAUGGCAUGAAGCUGGAGAAGAGGGACCCUCCCCUGAAUGAGGGUGAAAUGGAGGCAACGGAGAACUCAGUUCUGGACAACACCUCCACAGACCUGUCUCUACAGCUCAGCCAACUGAAUAUUGACGAGGGGGGAUCGGGCCCUGCGGCUAGCACCCCCCUCAAGCCCUGCGCCCCCUCCACCCCCGUCACACCCUCCACCUGCUACGUCGAGCCUGGCCCCCAGCCUCCCACAGACCCUGUGGAGCCAGGCUGUCCGGGUGACCAGAGCAACAGUGGUGAAGUGCGCACUCAGACUGAGGGGUGUCCCGCGGCUCCCCCUGGUGGCGCCUCAAGCAGUGACACAUUUUACAGCAUCUCUUUGCUCACAAAGAUCAAGUUCAUGGAGAAGCCAGGAGAUAGGAGGGAGGAGGUGGGCGGGGCACCCAAGGUCACGUACAGCAUGAUCGGGGGCCUUAGCAGCCAGCUGGAUGUCAUCAGGGAGACCAUUGAGCUUCCCCUCAAACAUCCAGAACUCUUCAAGAGCUACGGCAUUCCGCCCCCCAGGGGAGUGCUCUUGUAUGGACCUCCUGGGACAGGGAAGACCAUGAUUGGACGAGCAAUAGCCAAUGAGGUUGGGGCUCACAUCACCGUUAUUAAUGGUCCUGAAAUCAUGAGCAAGUUUUAUGGAGAAACAGAAGCACGUCUGAGACAGAUAUUCGAAGAAGCCUCUCAAAGGCGGCCGGCAAUUAUUUUCAUCGACGAGCUGGACGCGCUGUGUCCGAAGAGAGAGGGAGCCCAGAACGAGGUGGAGAAGCGCGUGGUGGCCUCGCUUCUGACCCUCAUGGACGGGAUUGGCUCGGAGGGCCACAGUGGACAGCUGCUAGUUUUGGGGGCCACGAACCGGCCCCACGCCCUGGAUCCCGCCCUACGGCGGCCGGGCCGCUUCGACAAGGAGCUGGAGGUGGGCGUGCCCGGGGCAGCGGAGCGGGUGGAGAUCCUGCAGAAGCAGCUGAGCUCCGUGCCAUGCGAGGUGACCCCAGAGCAGGUGGCCGCGCUGGCGGACUCCGCCCAUGGGUACGUGGGAGCGGACCUGGCGGCCGUCUGCAAAGAGGCAGGGCUGCAUGCGCUAAAGAGAGUGCUUGGGGGGCACCCCGAUCUCUCCGACCUUCAGGCGAUGGGCAGAGUGACGGUCACUUUGCAGGAUCUUCAGCUGGCCAUGUCGGAGGUCAAACCAAGUGCCAUGAGGGAGGUGGCCGUCGACGUCCCCAAGGUUCGCUGGUCAGAUGUGGGCGGGAUGGAGCUGGUCAAGCUGAAAUUGAAGCAGGCCGUGGAGUGGCCCCUGAGGCACCCCGAGUCCUUCUCCCGCAUGGGCAUCCAGCCCCCCAAAGGAGUGCUGCUCUAUGGACCCCCUGGCUGCUCGAAAACCAUGAUCGCCAAGGCCCUGGCCAACGAGAGCGGGCUCAACUUCCUGGCUGUCAAGGGUCCAGAGCUGCUGAGUAAAUACGUGGGCGAGUCUGAGAGGGCAGUCAGAGAGGUUUUCAGGAAGGCGAGAGCGGUGGCCCCUUCCAUUGUGUUCUUCGACGAGAUCGAUGCCCUCGCCGUCGAGAGAGGAAGCUCUUCGGGAUCGGGAGCCGUGGCCGACCGCGUGCUGGCCCAGCUGCUGACGGAGAUGGAUGGGAUCGAGCAGCUCCGCGACGUCACCGUCCUGGCAGCCACCAACCGGCCGGACGUGAUAGAUAAGGCUCUGAUGCGCCCGGGACGGCUGGACCGCAUCGUCUACGUGCCCCUGCCAGAUGCCGCCACGCGCCGGGAGAUCUUCAGCCUCCAGUUCCGCAGCAUGCCCGUCGCUGGGGACGUGUGCCUCGACGACUUGGUGAUCCGGACGAAGAAGUACUCCGGAGCCGAGAUAACUGCAGUAUGCAGGGAGGCUGCCCUCCUGGCCCUGCAAGAGGACAUCAAAGCUCAGAGCAUCAUGGGAAGACACUUUGAAAGUGCUCUGGAGGUGGUGAAGCCCAGGAUUCCAGAUUCCCUCAUCCAGUCCUAUAUCAGCUACCAGCAGCAGAGCAGCCUCCACGUCCUCUGAAGCGCCUGGAGUUGAGUGGUCAGAGCACACACGGCGGUCAAUGCCUCUGAAACCAUUUGAACGCUGUCGUUUUUUCAGACAGGCCCCCAUCAUCCGUGGACACUGAGCUUUCAAGGGAGCAGGCUGAAGGCGGGAGAGAAGAGGCAAAAAAAAGUUCACUUACACUCAUUACUGUUUUACUGUCCACAUGCUGUCCAUUGUAGCAGUCAGUGCUGUAGGACUGCAGCCUAUUUGUGCAAAAAAUAAUAAUAAAAUAAGAAACAUAAAAUAACUGAAUAAAUGCCCCAACCUUUCAUGUCUUUAGGUUUUUUGUUUCUUUGCUUAUUUGGAAAGCCAAAGAAUUUUA